UGCGUAUUUGUUCAAGAAUAAUAAAAAUGACUAAACCGUUUACAGCCUACAAAUCUGAACACAUCAUUACUGAAAUUUGUUUUCUUUGCAUUAAUAAUGAAACCUUUUUGAAAAAGUUAUUUGUUAAACAAACUAAUCCAUGUUUAUUUAACGUCAAUGAAGAAAUCUUUGCUUUGCAAGGUAGAAAAACGAAAGAACUAAACGUUUGUAAGAAAGAAAAGCGGUUUCAGUAGGUAGAGCUACUAUCCUAACACAGCUGCCAUUAAGUGUGUUUAUAAUCAUGAAAAUUCUCACAAUACUACUCUUUAUUUCUCUCGUUCUGAAUUCAAUUGCUGGAGGGAUACAAAACGAUGAACCGAUAAUCACGAAUUGUUCCGAUCUCCUCUCGUUUGUCUCAUACAUACAAACAAUAUUUAUCGACACGGGUGAAGCUACCGAUUCUUCGUUAAAAACUUGUCUGCUAAAAAAUAUUCAAGACGACCAAGCCGUUACGGUUAUCAAAAUAAAAGAGAAAGAAAAGGAUUUCAUGAUCGAUUUCACCAAACCAUUGUUUCUGACCAGCGACAUGCCUGCCAUCACGAUUUUGAUAGAUAGAUUAUCAUUAGACUUAAUCGACGCUCCCUUUAUUCAGAGCAUGUUUAUAUCCUAUUGGUCGAUAAUCUCUUUCGUAGUAACCAGUGAAGAACAGUUUAAGUGUGAUGGAUUAAUUAUGAAUUCAGAAGAUCGGACGCUUUUGGAAGAGUUUAUGAACAAAAUUUGGUUGAAAUUCCGAUUCAUGCUUGUUGGCGUGGCAUUUCCCUUUGCGUGCCAAAAUACGUAUGCUGGAUAUCAUGGAAAAACACAAUCUAAUACAAGUUUGUACAAUAGACCCAUCAAAUUGUUUUACGCCGAACGUCCCAUUGACGUCCGCGGAGUUUUUAUGAAAGCAGGAAGGCUACUAGCUGAGCAGUAUCCGAUACGAGCAAGCAUAUUUUUUAGAUAUCCAACAUCUAUAACUACUUGUAAAGACACGCUUUACAUUCGGCGGUUUGAUCGAGACCUCACAUACGGCUUCUGCGGACUAGAUGGUAUGGUAAUGCAUGACGUACUGAAAUACCUCAAGUUUAAUUUAACAUUUUCUGAAGACGAGAGCUGCAUCAAUUACGGCUAUGUAAAUUCUGGAAACGUCAGUGGCAGUUUGGGCUGCAUCGCACGGAAAGAACUUGACGUAUCCUUUAAUUCAAGGUUUAUGACUUUUUAUUCCAAUGAAAAUGUUCAUUAUCUGUAUUAUGUUACAACAGAUUCUCUGUGUGCCCUGGUGAAGGAAUCUGAGGCAAUUCCAAUAUGGAUCGCAGCUUACAAUUUCUCUAAAUUCUCAGUAUUUUGCUUUCUAUCUUCUUUGAUAGUUGGCAUAGGACUACUUAUGUGGUUAAAAGGGUUCAUUGAAAAAAUGCUAACUGGCAGAAAGCCAAUGACCUUAUGUUUCUACGUUCAAGAUGCGAUCAAAUCCAGUACACUGGGAUAUACGCUGCGGAAUAAAAAAACAGUUUUAAGAAGCACGUGUUUGUUUCUCUCCAUAAUUAUAAAUGCGAUAUUUCAGGUCAGUUGAGAUACAUAGAUAGAUAAGAAAAUGCUAUCAGUUUCUCCUUACCUAUAUAAAUAAGGCUUUCUGCGCAAGAUACAUUUCAUACGAAUAUCUGAAGCCAUACUUGAACCACAGUAGGGUAAUUGUUAAAAAAAAACGACUUCUGUACUAAGGGACUUAAUUCUUGGUUUGCGGGGUUUUACAAACAUCAGGUCUCAUGCAUAAAUACUCAAGACAAGCAU